AUGUCUCCAAGCGCAAGCACCUCAAAACAAGUCUGCGGCGUCUGCGAGAAGGAGGCCAAGUCGCGCUGCGGAGGUUGCAAGCGAAUUCCUUUCUGCAGCGCGGAAUGUCAAGAGCUCAUCUGGUCGACGCACAAAGCGCUGUGUAAGUCAGACCCCGACAUCUUCCACCCGCCGCCGCUUACCGCCCGCGAACUUGGUGACUUGUGGCCUCUCAUCAAUCAGCUCCGAACGACGCAGCGGUCCGCGCAGCCUUCAACACUUAUGCAGGAGGCUCGCAAGUACUAUGGCCGCGGGUUCAGCGAGGAGACGCUCGGCGCAAUCUUGACGACCCCUGCACCUCCCGAGACGAGCGACAGCUCGAUAUGGGGUCAGCGCGAGCACCUCCUCCGGCUCGCUCGCGAAGUCCUCGACGCGGCUUACGUGGAGUCGACCGGCGGACACCGUGACCAUCUCAAUGACCCUCGCCAGAGGAACCCAUGGCAAGAGUUCCAGCCUGUCCUCCUCGAAUGCGCCGCCUCGCUCCAGACCGACCCGCGCGACAAGAAGCGUUCACCGGCCGAGGUCUCGCUCCAGAUGAUGCGGCUGUUCAACUCAUUCCUCCGACAGGCGAUCAUGUACAUCAACUUGCAGAUGGACGUCAUCCAGGAGCAUGACGAGCGAAAGGGACCUGAGCUGUUGUUGACGACGAUUGCGGCGGGGAGAAGGCUCAAGAAGGUAUUCGAGGAGGACGUCCUCCAGAAGCCUGGGACGCCAAUGGCUGUGCCGCUCAUCAUAGGCAUGCUCGUCGAGAAGUUGACGGCAAACUUUGAGGCGCUCGAGCAACAUAUCGCUCGUUAG